AUGAAGAUUUUUGACUUUCUGAGGCAGUGGAAUCUUAGCCUUCUGCAGUCUUUCCUCUCGGUGAGGGAUCAACAGGCUAUUGAGGAUACACCUCUUGGUGAUUUGAGUCGCAAGGAUCAGCUUGUCUGGGAUUAUAGCAAGAAUGGAACCUACUCGAUCAAGUCGGGUUAUCGUUGGAUUCAAAGUAGAUCGAUUGUUUUGAGGGAUACUCGGCAAUCUGAUGCCUGCGUGGUCCCUAAGGCAUUAUGGAAAGUUAUUUGGAAGCUUGAGGUGCCUCCAAAGCUGCGGCAUUUUCUUUGGCUCACUAUGCACAAUUGCCUCCCUACUUGUGCUGUUCUUUUUCGCCGGAGGUCUUCCCUUUCCCCAGCUUGUCCUAUUUGUCGUUGUCAUGACAAAUCUAUUGAGCACUUAUUUCUUCAAUGUUCUUGGGUUGAGCCUAUCUGGUUUGGAGGUGCCUUGAACUACAAAGUUGAUUGUUCUGCUCUUCCUUCUUGGGUGGUUUGGUUACAGGUGCCUAUUAACCCUUCUAAAGUGCUUUUUGUUGUCUUUUCUGCUUUGGGUUCUUUUUUGGUUGAGAGGACGGUUUUGGGGUCUUGCAGAUCGGACGGGAUAGGUAGGGCUGGCCAGGUUUUUUGGUGGUGCUCUCCUGCCUCUCCUAACAUUAAGAUUAAUGUGGAUGCUAGUUGGUCAAAGGUCUUUAAGUUGGGUUUUGCUGGGGUGAUUAUGCGGGAUGAGGAUGGGAGGUUUGUGGCUGCCUCGAGGUACUUUCUUAAAGCUUCCUCGGCUAUUGCUGCUGAGGCUAUCGCUUUGCUUCGUGGUUGUGAAUUGGGAGCUGCUUUAGGUGUCACAUCUGUCAUUAUUGAAUAUGACUAUCUUGAUGCUGUUAAAUGUCUUUCUUGUUCUUUGGAUAUGGGCAGUUAA